AUUUGGCAACAACAAGAAGUUGAAAAUGAGUGAUUUCUAGAAAGAGAAAGUGUAAUUGAGAGAGAGAGAGAGAGUUGGUGUGUCUCUAAAGCUGAGCUGAGGCCUGAGAAAGAGGGCAUAUCACAUUUAUACUUCAUUACUUCAUUAGAGUGAAGCUAAACAAGUUUGUUGGCAAUUACUAACCCUAGAAAGAUUGAACAACAUUUGAAGAACAACUCAACUAUAUACUUGUGAAAAUCUCAAGUGGGGUACACAAAUUUUGUUGACCUUUUUUUUGCUCUACUUUUUUUUUCAUUUUUCCAUUACCACUUGUUUUUCUUCUUUACUUCUUUUCUUUAAAGUUAUGAAAAAGUAGUUUUCCUGGCUUUCUUCACAUACUACAUUUCCAUAAUUAUUUUUCACUAUUAUUUCUUAGUUAGCAAAAUUUGAUUUUUAGUAUUCUUUUACACUUUUAUUUUGUUUUGCUAUUUUGUUUUUUGAGGGGGUUGGGAGUAAUCAAUUGUAGUGGUUAUACAUGUGGGUGUGUUCCCUUGUAGUCAAGUCAGUGUCUUUUUGAGUAGUUGGAUUAUAGAGUGUGAAGUGAGUAAGAAAGCGUGAAAGAAGAUGGCAGGAGGUGCAGCACCAGCAAAGGCAGAUGAGCCAGCACCACACCCACCAAAAGAUCAGUUGCCAAAUGUGUCUUAUUGCAUUACAAGUCCUCCUCCAUGGCCGGAGGCCAUCCUUCUUGGUUUCCAGCACUACAUUGUGAUGCUUGGCACAACCGUUCUCAUCCCUAGUUCUCUUGUUCCUCAGAUGGGAGGAGGAAAGGAACAGAAAGCUGAAGUUAUUCAGACAUUGCUUUUUGUUGCUGGUUUGAACACACUACUUCAGACAACAUUCGGAACUCGGCUUCCGGCUGUGAUUGGAGGAUCUUACACCUUUGUUGCGCCCACUAUUUCCAUAAUUCUAGCUGGUCGUUACAGUAACAUUCCCGAUCCUAUAGUGAAGUUCAAGAGAAUAAUGCGGGGAAUACAAGGGGCGCUGAUUGUUGCUUCAACCCUUCAAAUAGUUCUUGGCUUCAGUGGUCUCUGGCGUAAUGUCACUAGGUUUCUGAGCCCACUCUCAGUGGUUCCCUUGAUAUCUAUGGUUGGAUUUGGACUCUAUGAACUUGGUUUUCCUGGGGUGGCUAAGUGUGUGGAGAUUGGCUUGCCCGAGCUUGUGAUUCUAAUAUUUAUUGCCGUGUAUGUAUCGCAAGCAUCUAAAGUUGGAAAGCAUUUUUUUGAGCGUUUUGCUGUUCUAAUCUCUGUGGCUAUCGUCUGGCUAUAUGCACUCAUUCUUACAGUGGGUGGAGCAUAUAAUCAUGCUGCUCCAAGAACACAAGUUACUUGUCGUACCGACCGUUCUGGACUUAUAAGUGGUGCUCCAUGGAUUAAAAUCCCAUAUCCCUUUCAAUGGGGAGCACCCACAUUUGAUGCCGGUGAAGCCUUCGCUAUGAUGUUUGCUUCGUUUGUUGCUCUUGUCGAGUCAACUGGCGCCUUCAUUGCGGUUUCAAGGUCUGCCAGUGCAACGAUGAUGCCCCCUUCUGUUCUUAGUCGUGGUAUUGGCUGGCAGGGUGUUGGCAUUUUGUUGUCUGGAUUGUUUGGAACCGGGAUUGGGUCUUCCGUUUCUGUUGAGAACGCUGGCCUUUUAACACUGACUCGUGUUGGUAGUAGACGGGUUGUCCAAAUAUCUGCCGGGUUUAUGUUGUUCUUCUCGAUUCUCGGGAAAUUCGGAGCUGUCUUUGCGUCAAUACCUUCACCAAUUAUUGCUGCUUUGUACUGCCUUUUCUUCGCCUAUGUCGGUUCUGUUGGUUUAAGUUUCCUUCAGUUCUGCAAUCUCAAUAGCUUCCGAACAAAAUUCAUACUAGGAUUCUCUAUUUUCUUGGGUUUGUCUAUACCUCAAUACUUCAACGAGUACGAAGCAAUCAAGGGUUUUGGCCCCGUCCAUACUGGGGCACGAUGGUUCAAUGACAUGGUGAAUGUCCCGUUCUCUUCGGAAGCAUUUGUUGCGGGAAUUGUGGCGUAUUUCCUAGACAACACCCUCCACAAGAAAGAAAGCUCGGUGAGGAAGGAUCGUGGUAAGCAUUGGUGGGAUAAGUUCCGUUCUUUCAAGGGAGACACGAGAAGUGAAGAAUUCUACUCUCUUCCCUUCAAUCUCAACAAGUACUUCCCAUCCGUGUGAAAUCUCCAUUGAGUUACGAAACGACGAUGCCGCCUUCAAGCACGAGUGUUCCUCAAGUAUGAUGAUUAUCAUCUUCCUCUACACUCUACAAUAAUCAUAUUCAAUCCUGUAUCUUACAACAAUACACUAUAGUUCGCGGUAUAUUUACGAGUUUGUUACUCUUUUUGUAGGUUGCCUUUAGGACAAUUGUUUGUUUCUUUAUGUUUUGUAAAUUCAGUGUGUUAUUUGUAAUGAAGCAAAGCAUUUAAGGCGAAAACUACUAUUGUUCUGGCUGACCCUGCUCAACCAUAUAACAAUGAAGGCGCAUCUCGGAUUCUCGGUGCCAUGCCAUUGCGGAGAAUGUAACCCGUGCUUGAGCGAAAUUGUUGUUUGGGGCAGUAUUACAGCAUUUUAUGGGGGUUCAUUGUUGGAAAUCUAUAGUGAAAGUUAUGAUCAGUUUUGCUGCAGGUUUUUUCCUAUUCACACUGGUUGCAUGUAAGAUUUAAUAGUGUAAGAGUUCUUUUAAAUCACAUAUGUCUUGAUUCAAGCAACUUAUUUUGGAUUAUGGAUAACAGCUGAUUUUUUAAUCUUGUUCUUUUGCCACAAA